CUCGGCGUGACUCGAGAAAAUAUUGCUUAUUUUCUGUCAUUCUCAUUUGAUGAACAAAUCAGUUUUCAUUGCGAUCUAAAAAAAUUGUAUUUUUCAAAUUGAUGUGAAAAACCAAAAAAGCAACAUGACUCUGACUUCCAAAAUGGAGGUGGACCCUGUGAAGGGCGAGGGUUUCAGGCCGUACUACAUUACGAAAAUAGAGGAGCUUCAGCUGAUCGUGGCUGAGAAGUCGCAAAACCUUCGUCGUUUGCAGGCCCAACGUAAUGAGUUGAACGCCAAGGUACGCAUGCUACGCGAGGAACUGCAACUUCUGCAAGAGCAGGGCUCCUAUGUCGGCGAAGUCGUCAAGCCCAUGGACAAGAAGAAGGUGCUUGUAAAAGUCCACCCCGAAGGCAAAUUUGUCGUCGAUUUGGACAAAAACGUUGAUAUCAACGAUGUCACCGCUAACUGCCGCGUCGCUCUGCGAAAUGAAAGCUACACCCUACAUAAAAUUCUCCCAAACAAAGUGGAUCCCCUAGUUUCUCUUAUGAUGGUGGAGAAAGUGCCUGAUUCCACUUAUGAAAUGGUGGGAGGUUUAGAUAAACAAAUAAAGGAGAUCAAGGAGGUAAUUGAGUUGCCUGUGAAGCAUCCUGAGUUGUUUGAUGCCCUUGGUAUAGCCCAGCCUAAAGGAGUACUGUUGUAUGGACCUCCAGGGACAGGUAAGACUUUACUGGCUCGAGCUGUCGCACAUCACACUGAAUGUACUUUUAUCCGUGUCUCAGGGUCAGAAUUGGUCCAAAAAUUCAUUGGAGAAGGUAGCCGAAUGGUACGAGAACUUUUUGUUAUGGCCCGAGAGCACGCACCGUCCAUCAUUUUCAUGGACGAAAUUGAUUCAAUUGGUUCAUCCCGUAUUGAAUCUGGGAGUGGUGGGGAUUCCGAAGUUCAAAGAACUAUGUUGGAGCUGUUGAAUCAGUUGGAUGGUUUUGAAGCAACGAAGAACAUUAAAGUUAUUAUGGCUACAAACAGAAUUGAUAUCCUGGAUCCUGCUUUGCUUAGACCUGGUCGUAUUGACAGGAAGAUUGAGUUCCCUCCACCAAAUGAGGAAGCGAGGUUGGAUAUUUUGAAAAUUCACUCACGGAAAAUGAAUUUAACUAGAGGUAUUAAUCUCCGUAAGAUUGCUGAGCUGAUGCCUGGCGCAUCUGGUGCUGAAGUGAAAGGUGUAUGUACUGAGGCAGGGAUGUACGCUCUGCGUGAACGUAGAGUGCACGUGACCCAGGAAGAUUUUGAGAUGGCGGUCGCGAAGGUCAUGCAGAAGGACUCUGAGAAGAACAUGUCCAUCAAGAAACUUUGGAAGUAAUUCUAUAAUUAUGUGUGUAAUACUAUUUUUUUUCUUAUUUCUAGCAAAUAUAAUAAAUUUAUAAAAACUUAA